GUAAGUGUAUUUUAUCGCAGCAUUGGAAAAAGAAACGAAGACAAAGGUUGUUUCUUAAUUGGCACCCUGAAGAAGAUAGGCAUGAAAGGCCUGGAGGUGGACGUGUCCACAGGCAAGAGCCAGCAGGGGUGAUUAGUGGUGGUUAGAAGUAACAGGAAAAGCCGGGCAGUGGUGGCACACGCCUUUAAUCCCAGCACUUGGGAGGCAGAGGCAGGUGGAUUUCUGAGUUUGAGGCCAGCCUGGUCUACAAAGUGAGUUCCAGGACAGCCAGAGCUAUACAGAGAAACCCUGUCUCAAAAAAAAAACAAAAACAAAAACAAACAAACAAACAAAAACAAAAAACAACCCCCCCCCAAAAAAAACCCCAAAGAAGUAACGGGGGAGUAAAGGGAUCGAGGACAGUCAUGGAGUCUUAGAGGCCAUUUCCAUAAGAAGCUGCUGUGGGGUUUGGGGCAGAGGUGAGGUGCGAAGCUUUGUACCUUUAGAAGAAUUUUUCUGAUGUUUUCUGAUGGCGUGGGGUGGAGGCAGGAGACCAGUCCAGGCAGGAACCAGAGGGUGGAGGAAGAUUCCGGCUUCAGUACACAGUGAGUGUAUUUUGAGUGAACAAUUGUGACAUGGAGUGAAGACAAGGCAUUGAGAAGGACUAGGUUUGGGGACUAGUCUCGGGGAAGGAGAGACUUAACCAUCCAGGGGUAGGGAGAAUGCUGCAGAGGGGGGACAUCUGUGUCUGACUGGAGGCUGCUGUGGUUUAGCUUGCCAGCCUUCUUGCAGAGGGAUGAUACAUUGUAUCGCAAGGGCUGCAUGGUUAAAGCGCUCACAGCUAGGGAGGGUGUCAACUAAUUUCAUCACGAUUGUUUAGAUCAAGUUUCCUAGACAAGUGGCUUCCCCAGUUGGAACAUUUGCCUUUUUGGACGCCAUCUCCGGUUUCAGUGACAGCUCACCGGUAGAGCUGAUGAGAUGAGGAACUGAUCUCAGGUGGCUUAACCCCAAGAGCUACCAUAACCCUUGAUAUAGGCACGUCGAGUUACCGUAACCCUUGAUAUAGGCAUGGCACAUUUGGAGGGCAAAACCUUUUUUCUAAUCUUUUCUCUCACAGUCAUUAUCACACCUAAUGAAGAUGAUUAAUCGGUGUUAAUUAGUGCGCCGACAGAGUGUGAGUACUGUUAAAAGCCGAAUCUUCCUUUUGGGUUCUGGGAAGAGUCGAAGUCAAGGUGAGGGAGGUGUUCUGUUUUUUCAUAGGAUGGGGAAAAAAAUGCCAUUUUUCGUAGGGGAGGAUUGAGCCAAAAGCACACUUAGGUUGAAGCAAGGGGAGCUUAGUUAAAUAUUCCUUGUGGGGUUUUUCUCAUGAGUGACUUGGUUAACAACGCAUCUGCCGUUGUCUGUGCCACCAAAGGAAGAGACACUUCAGUCAGUGGGAAGUCAUGGAACACCUACUACUGUCACUUAAUGUGCCGGGGAAUCUACAGUGACCAGCAUCUGGGUCCUGCCUUCAGUACUUAGUUAAUGGCAAAAAUCAAGUGCAAAACCAGUGAUAAUAUCGUUGGGUAAGGUCACCCAGAAGGACCUGGAAGAGCUUUGCAGAGGAAAGUUUGGUUUACCGGCAUAUCAGAGGAUGGCAUGGGAAGGCUGCUUUAAGCAGACUCAACAACGCAGGCGAAGGUGAACUCUUAGACGCAGAGGUCACUCCAGCUAUCAGUGACCUAGCAGGACAGACUUAUCAAUAAACCCUGGGCCAGUUCUAAAAUUGUUAAGCAAACCGAGGUAAAUCAAGAUGGAGUCCUUGGAUGUCAUGGAAGAGAAUCUGGGGUGAAGAGAUUCUGAGGUCAUUGAGGGGUGGGGAUUGGUAUGUUUCCUGGAGGGGUGGGGAAAAAAAAAACAUGAGCUGAGAAAAUGUAGUUUAGAUCCCGUAUAACCUGUGUUUCCCAAUCUCAGAACGGGGUCUAUGAUUCCCCAAAGCUAAGGUGAACACAGAUGUUGUCUGUGAAGUAUGGGGUCCCUAGUGUUGAUCUAGAAAAAUCUAACCAGCAACAGAGGAAGGUCGUAACAACAGCUUUGUGUUGGGAGCUCCAGAUAACCUCGAAAGCCUGACUCAUUAUUUUGACUGCUGACUGCUCUGCCCCGUGCUCAUUAGCAUUCAGGGGUGUGUGGGUUUGGACUGCCUACUCUAACACCCAUGUGUCAAAGAGACGGCCACUAGCCUGUGGUAUUAUUUGUGAGCUAAGAGACGGGCCCUGGUCAGAAGUGAGGACGGUGAGUUGUACAUCCAGAGUGGGUGCUGGUGUGCUAGUUGUUCUUGUUGCCUAGCUACAGUGAAGGGGGCAGAUCCCUCCACUGUUGGUGUCUUUCGAAGUGUGCUGCCAAAGGCCCAAAAGCAACAGGUCAGCUGAUCAUGAGGCAGUGUCUUCACAAAUGUAGCCUGAAACCUUAGAUCUUCCUGCCUCAGUCUCUUGAGUGCGCUGUUAUCUCACACAGUUCGUUGUAGUGACCAAGGAUGGGUUUCUAGCUAUCGAAUAGGGAUUGAUAUAAUCAGGGACAAGUGAAGCUGAAGAUGGCUAGCAGGAAGAAUGAAGAGUCUUUUAGAGGUCACAUUUCCUAACGUCUCAUUCAGUUGACAUUGAUAAGGGACUCUUGGUGACUCACCUUGUCUGCUGGAGUCCCCUGUACCUAUAUCUUUUAGUGUCCACAGAGCAGGCACAGGCUCUAUCUGGUUUUCCUUGUUGCUAGGCCACCCAGAUGGCCUCCUAACAGAGCAGGAGGCUGUAGACAUCCUCUCCGAGGAGGGAACAUUUUUGUCCUGCAAGGCCAGGCUGAUUAGAGAGUCAGCCCUUUAAGGACCCUUUAAACAUCCUCAGGUCUACCAUUCCCCAAAGCUAAGGUGAGCACAGAUGUUGCCUGUAAAGUGUGGGGGUCCCUGGCGUUGAUUUAGAAAUAUCUACCCAGCAACAGAGGAAGGUCAUAGCAACAGCUUCUAGACUCAUUUGCAUCACGGAUAAUGUUUUAAAAUAGCUUUAUUUCAGAAAGCCAUUAAAUCCUGAUAACUGGGCAUUUUCAUAGACAGAAGAACAAACAAGGAAUGACAUUAACAUUAUCUUUCCCGCACACAUGUGCCGGUCUAUCCAGCGAAGGCCGAUUUGGGGCAUGGCUUGCCAGUCAGGCAGCAAGAGGUUUCUCUAAUGGGCCAAAGGCAACCCAUCUCUAAAAGCCACAGCUGCCCGCUUUGUUCCUCUGAAGGAUUAUGAACCCAAAUCUCUUUGUCGCUGUGCAUAGAACAUUAAAAAAAAAAAAAAACCCAAAAAACCAAAAAAAAAAAAAAACCUUGUGGGGCUUCAGAGACUGAGGUUCAUCAGUACUCACAAGCCUUGGAUAUUUAAAGUGCUGGAGGCCAGGAUUUCUGUUGUGAUGGUCCACACAGGGUUCAGCAGGAUGGCCUUCCUGAUUGCUCCGGUGGCUUGCUCUAGGUUAAGGGUGUGUGCAGUAGCAAGCCUCCUAUGGAUCCUAAAACAGUCACCUAUAACUAAAACCAAGGGAAGGUCUCCUAUUCCUCACCUCAUCACCCCAACCAGGAGUAGGACAUACAAGUUCAAUGCUCUUUUCCAGCUCAAAUCUAGUUCUCUGACAAUUGUCCUAUAAUUUAAAGCACUCAGAAUAUCACAGGGACUGAAUGUCACCUGUGGGGUAUGGAGGGGGGAGGACUGCUCUAGGGGUGCUGCCCCUCCAUGCUGUUACACUGUCAUCUUCUCUCCCCUCAAACCCCAGCUCUCUCUCGUACAGUUGGCCAAGGCAAAGGGGAGGUUGCCUGCCUUCCCAGGGGUGAAGCCUUGGAUGCACAAAAGAAGAAGCAUCUAGGUUAUUUACCCUUCUCCAGAGUAGAAGCCCUGGGGACUGGGAGGCGAGGGGUGGAGGUGAAGGAGCACUGUUGCCUAGUAACAGCCGCAUCCUGCUGUGGUAUGACUUGGGUCUGAGGGAAGGAUGCUUCUACCGGCACCUGGAGGGUUUCUUCUCCAGCUGGUAGGCUUUUGGUGCUGCUCUGUGGGGUUCUCAUUUCGGAUUCCGCCCUGUGGGAGGUCUUUCCAGCUUUUGCAUAGCAGUUUCCUUGCUGAGUAUGUGUGCACACAGAGGCACUCUUGUGACCAUGCACAGACACACAUAUGGUAGGACUCAGAAAGGCAGAAGCAGCUUUUUCAUCAGUGCUAUUUACAAGGUCUUAAAAGUUGCUCCCUAGUUUCAAAGACACUUCUCUGUCCCAGGGGCCAGGGCCAGCCCCUUGUAGCAACCAGAAUUCCUGCUUUUGUCAAAGUUGCCUUCGAUAUCAAAUAGCCUAUUUCGCUUUUUGAAAGCAUGUCCCAUCAUUUUCCAACCGAACGUCACGAUUUUGGGAUGAAUUUCUUUUGCAUUGCCUUCGAUUUGAGUUACAAAACCAGUACACUCAGGAAGGGUAACUUGGUCGUCCUUGUUGUCAUUUUAGACUCAUCGGGAUGUAGUUUAUCAAGUCCAUUCUCAAGAACACAAAGACAUUCGUUUUGUGGAGGAGGUGGGAGCACAAAAGGAUUGAGCCUCGGAAUAAACAGUGCAGGCUUGAACUGCAGACAAAAAGUGCUGAAUGCAAAACGACUGACACUGAGUGUCCCCAUCAUCUCAUUGUGGCCUGUCCUCGGUUCCUUGGUCCUCCUGACCUCCUGUGAGUGAAUUCAUAUGAGCUGAAAAGCAUAGCUAUUACAGCAUAGCAUGAGGUCUUCUCAAGGCAGGACUGGGUGAUGAUCAAAGGAGCCAUUGCAGAGCAAAAUAUGCUUACCAAGUAAAAGCAGACAAUGGCCAGAGACCCAUGUGUAGUAUGUUUAUGUAUGUGUGUGUGUGUGUGUGUGUGUGUGUGUGUGUGUGUGUGUGUGUAUAGGGGCAUAUAUGUGUGUGUAUGCAUAUGUGUGUUUGGCAGUAUAUGUGUAGGGGUGUGUGUGUGUGUCCCUGUAGGACAGCGGUCAGCAUCAGGUGUCUUCCUCAAUUGUAUGACACCACGUUUUUUGUGUUUUUUAAAAAUUUUUUAAUUGGUUAUUUAUUUAUUUACAUUUCAAAGUUAUCCUCCUUCCAGGUUUCCCCUCUGCAAGCCUCCUAUCCUAUCUUCUCUCCUCCCUGCUUCUAUGAGGAUGCUACCCCACCCACCCACCCACCCACUCCUACCUCACUGACCUAGCAUUCCCCUACACUGGAGCAUGAGUCUCCACAGGACCAAGGGCCUCCCCUCCCAUUGAUGCCAGAUAAGGCCAUCCUCUACUAUAUAUGCAGCUGGAGCUACGGGUCCCUUCAUGUGUAUUUUUUUGACACCACGUUUUUUGAGACAAGGUCUUCAACUGAACCUCAUCUUACUGUUUCUGCUGCAAAGUUAACCAGCAAGCUUUAGGGAACCCACUGUUUCUGCCCUUGCUCCCCACGACACCUGCUAUUAUAGAUGCACACUGCCCUGUUCACUGCUUUAUGUGGGUGUCGGGGAUUUGAAGUCAAGUCUUUAUGCUUGUGAGACAAACAAUUUACAGAAGUUAAUCAUUCCCUCAGCCUGUGGAUAUUCCUGUUUUACAAAAGGUACUUUUACUUUAGACUCUCUUAAAAAGUUGUAUUUAUUACUACUGGGUGGUGUGAUAUAUGUGUGUGUGUGCUGUGUGUGCUGUGUGUGAGAUUGUGUUUAUGUGUGAUGUAUGUGUGAUGUGUGUGAUGUGUGUGAUGUGUGUGUGUGUAUCAACUUGUGUGGGUGUCAGUGGAUAACUUUGUGGAGUGACUUCUUUCCCAGCUGUGUGUGGGCUCUAAGGGCUUGUCCCUGGGCUUGUAUCAUCAUGGGCCUGCAGCAAGCAUCUUUACUGAUUGAGCCAUCUUUUGUUUCAUUUUCCUUCUUUCUUAGCACCCACAACAUCUACAUGUUUGAGGGAAAAAAAUUAAAUGCAGAGAUGGCUCUAGAAAUCCAUUCUCCGUCUGAGAGAACAAAUGAUAAAUUGGAAAAGAGUUUUGCAGAGACCUUCCUUCAACACAAGAAGUAUGAAAAGAAGAUAAAUAACUAAUUUCUGGGGGGGGGGAUUUGCCUUCUCAGAAUUAGCCAGACUUCUUGACUUUUAUACUGCAGAUGGACAGGAAUGGGGAAAGGUCUUCACCCUUUCAGGUUCUUUGACUCGACUAUGAAUUUGAUCGACAGGAAGAAAGUCAUGUGUUCAUAUGCAUGCACACAGGUGCCUCACAAAGAUGGGUAUGCAGAUGAAGUGGGUAGAAACACCCAGAGCUACAAAAGGGACUUCUGAGGGUAGCAGUCACAUAACUCACAGGAGCAUAAGAGAAACAACACAGGGAUGUCUGUCUGGCUUCUUAGGUAAUAAGAUUAUCUAGAGCAGCCUGCUUCCUAAUCCAGGCAAUUUACUGAUGUAGAUUUACUUUAGCCAUGCCCAUAUGCUUUCUAAAAGGCCAGCUUUGCGGAGUGUCACUGCUGUCUGAAAUUUCCCAGGAAAAGCGGCUCAAAAUAUACGGAGGCGCUGUAUUUAGGGAUGUAGAAUGUUUAAUCUCCUGUAGUCCUUUUGGAGUAGUGAACCCAGAGCCACUGAGGGAGGAACUGUGGAGAUCCUCAAGGAUGGCAAUCCAAAGAUCAGGAAGUGAACUCCAGGACAAAGAGCUAACGGGCUGCUGUGGGAGCAAAGCAGAUGGCUGGGUGUUCAGUGAAGAACAAGACUUACAGUCAUGGUUGGCUCCUGGCAAUCUUCUGCAUAUCAGACAUUCCUGAUGAAGUCCUCCGAUAUCGAUCAGGAUUUAUUUACAGAUAGCUACUGCAAGGUGUGCAGCGCACAGCUGAUAUCCGAGUCCCAGCGGGUGGCCCAUUAUGAGAGUCGAAAACAUGCCAGCAAAGUCCGGCUGUAUUACAUGCUUCACCCCAGGGAUGGUGGGUGUCCUGCCAAGAGGCUCCGAGCAGAAAAUGGAAGCGAUGCUGACAUGGUGGAUAAGAAUAAAUGCUGUACACUCUGUAACAUGUCCUUUACCUCAGCUGUGGUGGCCGACUCACAUUACCAAGGCAAAAUCCACGCCAAAAGGUUAAAACUGUUGCUAGGAGAGAAACCUCCACUGAAAACCACAGCCGCUCCGCUGAGCUCACUUAAGGCUCCUCGAGUGGAUACGGCCCCCGUGGUCGCAUCUCCCUAUCAAAGAAGAGACUCAGACAGGUACUGCGGUCUCUGCGCAGCCUGGUUUAACAAUCCUCUGAUGGCCCAGCAGCAUUACGAAGGCAAGAAACACAAAAAGAACGCAGCCCGCGUUGCCUUGCUAGAGCAGCUCGGAACAUCUCUGGAUCUGGGAGAACUGAGAGGUCUGAGACGUACUUACAGAUGUACCACGUGCAGUGUGUCGCUCAACUCCAUAGAACAGUAUCAUGCACAUCUGCAAGGAUCAAAACAUCAGACCAACCUGAAGAAUAAGUAGUGACAGCAUCUAUCAAGAGCUAAGAAGAGACUCCCGCAUUUCUCUGUGGUAGAGAACUGCUCACCAACCAAAGGAGGAUCCUUUCUCAAGCAAUGAACAUUUCUUACAAGGAUUCACAGAUUAACACGUGACCAGUAUUGAUUUUUGAAAGUAAAUAAGAUUUCCUUUUCUUCUUCUCAUUUAGUGGCAAAUUAUCCUUGGAUUUAGAAGAAUCCUUUUCUGAUAACAUUGUUUAGCACAAGUUCUAAACUGCAAUCACACACACAGCAGCUAGUCAGAGCAUUAUUCAAACUUACAAUGAGUGGAAAAUUUAAUUUCCAAUUCAUUCUAGAUUUCCGUAGAGUUACAAUGAUUCUGUGAGACCCUUCAUGAUUAUCAUGUAAGCCUCCUAGAUCCAUUAACAAAUAUACUUUUGUCAUCAUGGGGAACAUAGUUGGUGACGCCAACCACAAGAACAGAGCAAAUUGUGGUCUGUAGAAGUUAUAUAACAAAUAGAAUACCAGUCCUUCCUGCUUCACACCUAUGAGCCAGCCUUGCCUCUAAAUGCCAGGAGCGUGAAAGCAGGUGGGAACACAGAGGAAGGACCUUCACUCUGGAUCACCUUGAUGGAAAGCUUCACAAGACGAAGCCAAGUUCUCCUUGCAAGCUGCCAGAUCAUAGCUUAGGAAAAGAACUAGUUUUGAUUGCAUGAUGAUCCUAUUAAGUAAAAAUGUCUUCACAGCGGUUGACCUUGAUGGAGUGCUUUUGUAAAGGUAUCCAAAGGAGAAUUUUAAACCCCAGAGUGAGAUGGAAGUAAUUCUUAGCAAGUUGGCCUGGAUUGUGGGCUUUAAUUUGGGGCAGUAAUGAUUUGGUGUGUGUCAAGGGAGGGAAGAGAAUGAUUAAAUCCUGAAGAAGUUUCCUUCUUCUGUUUCUCUUCCAACUUGUUGCCGAGCUGGGGAUUGAGUGACUUUGAACAGAACUCUUCUGGGAAGAGGAUGGACCAGAGAACUGAUGCUCUUUAAAGGGAUCAAGUUUGAGUGCAACUGUGAAAUUCCCUCUCCAGGGAAUCACUGCUCUGCAUUGUGUUGGGAAGUGGUGUCUUGCAGACACUGCAAGGUAGACACAGAACUUCCUUUCCUGGGCUCUCAGCUGGCUGGAGCAGCCCUUGACAACUUGUGACCACCAAGCUACCAAGUAACGUCAGACUUUUCCAGACAUCAGCGCUUUCCACAGAGAUCUGAGGUCGUGGACAGCCAGUGAGCAAUAAACGAAACGACACGGAAACGCACAGUGUUGUUCUUAAGGUGCCUGUUUUGUUGUGUGAGGAGGUCACGGUCCUUAGGGACCAGACCCGUGGCUGCAAAGAGGAAGGUCACACACACCGUGUACAGUCAUGCUGCAGGUGGGAAGCACGAGGGGUGUGGUGACAACAAUUUUAUUUUGCUAUUUUAGAAAGAAGCACACAACAGAGCUACAGCCCUCCCGUGAUGGCUUUUCUUCGAAUAUGUGGAAUAAAGCUUUAUUUGUCAAUUCUGCUGUAAAAUAAGCAUAGUCUGAGGUUUUGGUUUUUGUUUUUAAAAUCUUUCUCUGUUUCUGUUUAGUGCCUGAGCUCUCUCCCUGAAGUGUUGUGUUUAUUUUUGUUUUUAAUGGCCUAAGAUAGAAAAGCCUAUGAACAUAGAUCUCCUUUGCAUUACAGUGACACUUUGCCAAGUCCUUUAUGGCUAAGCCUCCAGCUACAAUAAUCAGAUUAUUUCAGAGUGCCUCAUCGAAAUACCAUUGCUCUUUGGCAAGCUGCCACAGACACCUACCAGACAUUUUCUUGGUUUGAUUGUUCUCAAGUAUAUUCAUGCCCAUGCAGAUAAGGGGAGUGUCAUCCCAGCACGCUGUGAGGAUCACUUGGCCAGACUACUAUCUGCAAGAAGGCUCAACAUGCCACUGUGUUCUGGAGACUAUCUAACAGACACACCUUUCCUCCAGAAACUGGGCUGUUCACUUUUGCUUUAGUGUGGCUGUAUGUUCAAUGAAGUCUUAUGUUAGUUUCCAGUUUUAUUAUGACUGGACAGGAGUUGGGUGUAGGGCAAAUGUUUUUCAGGGGCCCUUGAUUCUGAUGGGAAGAAAAGAGACAAACCUGUCUGUGUCUCUGUCUCCUGACCAGUCCAUGUGGAGCAACCCUGAGAGAGAGAGAGCAAUGUGAUUACAAUAAGAACUUGGGGUUAGUUCUAUAUCAUUUGAGGAGAACAUGGAGAAAACUCAUCUAUGAGAGAGGAGAGCUGUCCAUACGACUGUGUCUAAAUUAACGUGGAUAUUUCAGAGUUCAGAGUGAUGUCAGCUAACCACAUUAAGUUUUCUGGCCAUAAUGAGAAAAACUCAACACCUAUCGGCCUCCUGUUAAAUCGAGAUAUCUCUGUUUAAUGGAACAGUCACUAGCGGUUGACCUAGGUAUCUCCCUGUUUCUCUCCCUUCUCCUAUCAUUCCAGGAUAUAGUCUCCAGGAUGUAACAUGCAUUGCCCAUGUGGUCUACCACUGAAUGCCAUGCUUAGGUGUGAUUCCUCAGAACACUAGAUCACCCCUUAGUCCUGGCCAUACCAUUUGAAUUUGCUUUACAAAAUCUUCUUCCCGUUCAGUACGGAUAUGAGCUUGAGGCUAGCAACCUGUGUCAGUGGCCACAAAUGCCAUGAUAGUAAGAUCCAAAUUAAUGAGCUCUCCUUAUAGACAGUCUCCAUAGUCCAGGGAACUAAUAAAUACACUCAUAAAGCAAUCCGCUAAGCAGCAAGUGCUGUGGCCAUUCCUUCUGCUGAUAAAGUAGCCAUAAAACUUUCAUCUAUUGCUGCUGGACUGAAAGACCAAUGGGAUCUGUUCUUUUUGGCCCUUUAGAUGACAGAGAUGCAUAAAUUGGAACUGCAAGGAUCUUUGCACUGUCUGUUGGAGUAAAUUUAAUUAGGCCAACUGUAUCAAAAAGAAAAAAACAAAAACAAAAAACAAUGGGACCCACUUAUAAUGCUGUCAUUCCUGCGGAACUCCCCAUCUAGAGAGGCCACCUUCCUGUCAAAGCUGAGUGAGGCAUUUUUGACAAGGCAGUGGGAAUACAGGACAUUAAACCCCAAUAAGAGACCACGAGGUUGUAAAGACAGUCCCCACUAAAUAUCUGUCCUUCUCUUGAACAGCUUGUCCAGUGAAUUAUUUUUCUUUUGUAAGAAUAAAACUAAGAAAAGUCUGUCUGUGCAACAUAUUAUUGUAGGGAUGGAUUUUUCUCCCCUGCCCCCUUCUGGUUUUGAAUUUGUUCAUAUUCAAGGCAUGUUAAACUACCUCAUAGGUUUGUUGUGUGGAUUAGCUGAUUAAUAAAUAACAACUGAUUAAAAUACGAAUCUGUAUGUAAA